AUGGAAGUGAUGGAAAUCGUUGGAAAAGGUCCACUAAGAGCUCCAAUAACUCUUGCUCUCGAAAUGGAGUUCAUAGGGGUGUAUGCGAACUCGAUCGAGUCGGUCUACAGAAGAUGCGAUUUGACAAAGAUCAAUGGUGUCUCUGAAGAUGCCAUCAAGCUGAGACUCUUUCCUAUGUCUCUAGCUGACAAAGCUCACCAAUGGGAGAAGAGCUUGCCCCAUGGCACAAUCACCACUUGGGAUGAAUGCAAGAAGGCCUUUCUUGCUAAGUUUUUCUCCACCGGUCGCACAGCCAAGCUUAGAGGAGAGAUAUCCAGCUUCAUCCAGCGAAACAAUGAGACAUUCGCAGAGGCUUGGGAGAGGUUCAAAGGCUACACAAGUCAGUGCCCACACCAUGGAUUCAACAAUGAAUCACUACUCUCCACUCUUUAUAGAGGAUGCUUGCCUAGGUAUAGGGAGAUGCUAGACACAGCUAGCAAUGGGAACUUCCUCAACCAGGAUGUAGAUGAUGGCUGGCAACUUGUGGAGAACAUAGCUAACUCAAAUGGAAGCUAUGGAGAAGAGUAUGAUCGCACCAAUCGGAGCUCGACCCACCACUCGAUCGAGUCAGACGAAAAGUUGAGAAAAGAUGUUAAGGCAUUGAAUGAGAAGUUGGAUAAGCUGAUCCUAGCUCAGUCCACAAUGAAGAAAGUCAACUUUGUGUCUGCUGAGGAGAUGGAACCAGUCCAAGAAGGGGAGGAUACACAAUUUGCUGAGGUGUGCUACAUGAGCAAUGGGCAAGGAGGUUACAACAAAGGAUACUAUAAUUACAAGUCCAACCCUGCCAUGUCAUACCGCAACACUGAUGUUGCUAACCCUCAGGACCAAGUAUAUCCUCAACAACAAGCAGCUCGAUCGAGUCAGGUGCCACAACAUGGGUAUGGUCAAAAGAACAAUUACCAAGGACCACAAGGCACUUUCCCUGGACAACAAAUGAAUAUCCCACCAGGCUUUCCCCACCAACCACCCCAGCCUGCACCUUCACAAGAGAAUGAGCUCAAGGCAAUGCUAAAGCAACUACUUCAAGGGCAAGCUGAUGGGGUAGUGGACACAAGCAAGAAGCUAGCUGAAAUAAACUCUAAGAUCGAGAACCUCAACACAAGGGUUUACUCUCUGGAGAAUCAUGCUUCUUCUGUUGCUGCUGCUACAAAGCAAGGACAACUACCUGGUAAAGCUAUUCAGAACCCCAAGGAACAGUGCAAGGUCAUCUUCACUCAAGAAGGACUUGUUGAAGAAGAGGAUCAAGAAAGGGUCAUUGAAGAUUUUUGUUUACUGCUGAAUGAUGAAGAGAUUGUUGCUGCUGAGGCUCCUGGAGUCCAGAUUGAUCAACCAGAAGUGCAGGCACCUACUGUGGCCAUUCACACUUCACCAGUUGAGCUCGCACAACAAGCUCGAUCGGCAGCUCGAUCGAGUCCAACUCUAGCUCGAUCGAGUCCGACCUCUUCUGUCCCAAAGCCUGUUUUGCUUGAUCCUUACCAACCGGUUGCCGCUUCCUCGUCUCGCCUACUUAGUCAAGGUCACAAGGAAGUGAUUCACAAGUUCAGAAGAGAUCUCAGUGGGAUUGGAAUUGAGUUGCCUCCUAUGGAUAGCAUGAGUGAGGCAUUUGAUCAAAUGCAAAUGGUCAAGGAUGUUCUAGCCAACAGUGAUAAAGUUUCAGAGGUCCUGAAGAGUCUACUCAUCAGUUCAACCUGCUUACUUCACCCACCUUCCUACCAAAGGUCAAGGAUCAAGGGAAAUUCACUCUCCCUUGCACACUUGGGCAUCUUGAGAUUGACAAUGCCUUAG